AUGGUUAAGGCUUCCCACCUGCUCGCCCUUGUCUUUCUCUUCAUGGACACAGCAAUUGCCGCACCCGCUUUGUUAGACGAUCGAGCCUUACACGUUCGGUGUGUAUUUGGUGCCUGUCCACCCGACCAAACUUCUGGAGGGGCAAAGAUGGCGCGCGCCACUGUGGUGGCUCGGGAUCCUGCACCUGAACCGUGCAUCUUUGGUGCCUGUCCUCCUGACCAGACAUCUAAUGAUGCAAGGAAGGCAAGGGAGAACCCAAGAGCGCCUGAGCCUGAAGCAAUCCAGGAACGGUGUAUUUUUGGUGCUUGUCCUCCUGACCAGACAGGGGGUGGUGCAAAGAUGGCCCGCGCAACUGUAAUGGCGCGUGAGGUAGGUUCUGCUUUAACAAAGAACUUCAUGGAGCUUGAUACUGGUCGCCUUGUAUGA